GAACCCUCGGCGAGAUUCAGUCUUUGAUGCUCGGGUCUCUAAUGCGUAUAAAUACAUCAAACUACACUGCAUUAAGCUAUCAGUUGCGCAGUAGCUUCUCAUCAAGUCACAUUAAAUCUAAUUUCAGAUAGAAAAAUGUUCAAAAUCAUCGCUUUGGUUGCCUGCUUGGCCGUCGUUGUCUCCGCCCAGUAUUACGGAGAAGAUCACGGUCACCACAAGGAGGAACAUCAUGCCCAUCCCAAGUACAAGUUCGAAUACGGUGUCAAGGAUGCCCACACCGGAGAUCACAAAUCUCAUUGGGAAAUUCGUGACGGAGAUGUUGUGAAGGGUCAGUACACCCUUACGGAGGCCGAUGGUAGUGAACGCAUCGUGGACUACAAGGCUGACGACCACAACGGUUUCGAGGCUGUGGUGAAGAACGUAGGACAUGGCCACCAUUAGGAGGACAGUGGAAGAAAUUCGUAUUAAUGUGGGAACAGUAAAAAUGCGCGCUCGAGAGUACCAAAACCAAUAUGAUUGGAACAUUUGCUUCUGUAACGAAUGUGAUAUUCUAGUUGUUGUUAAAUGUAUGAAUGAAAGUUAUUGAUGUAAUUCAACCAAA